AUGCAGGGCGUAUGAGCAUAUCGUGAGCACGUCUCCAGCUGCACGAGCAGGAAUGGCUUUGCAGAACAGUCUAAAUCGAUUACUUUGUCUCUUUGAAUAUACAACAGUCAGAUAUGUGGGCACGCAGAAUAAGAAAAUCGGAUUUCUGUACAGAAUAUUUCAACUCGCUGUCAUGGGAUAUUUGCUUGGAUGGGUAUUUUUAAAAAACAAAGGAUACCAGGUAAAAGAUGACACUAUUGAGAGUUCUGUGGUAACUAAAGUCAAAGGAGUUGCACGUGUCAACACAACAUAUACAGAUUUUUGGGGACCAGAGGACUAUGUUUUCCCCAACCAGGGUGAGAAUUUUCUUUCUAUAAUGACCAGUUUCAUCGAGACACCAAACCAAACAUUAGGUAAUUGUUCAGAGAACCCCUCAGUACCACAUAACACAUGCUCUAAGGAUGAAGAAUGCACAGUGGGAGAGGCUGUUAGGGCUGGAAACGGAAUUAAAACUGGCAUUUGUUUAAAAAAAACAGACAAUGGCACUUGUGAAAUAUAUGGCUGGUGUCCCAUCGAAACACGCAGUGAUCCACACUCAGCCACUGUUGUAAGACAAGCUGAAAACUUCACCUUGUACAUAAGAAACUUCAUCAGAUUUUCCCUGUUUAACUUCUCAACAUCAAAUGUUUUAAAGGAAAACAGAAGAUUGUAUUUAAAGAACUGCUUGUAUAAUGAAACUGAUCACCCCUACUGUCCUAUUUUUCGGCUGGGAGAUAUUGUGAACAAAACUGGACAUAGCUUUGAAGACAUGGCUCGAAGUGGUGGAUCUAUUGGGGUUCUGGUUGAGUGGCGCUGCGACCUUGAUAAAUACUCAGAUUGUCGACCUAAGUACAGCUUUGUACGUCUGGGCAACUCGUCAGAAACAGGUGGAUUUAGCUUCAGAUUUGCUCGCUAUUUCACUGAUGCUGCAGGACAGAGGCAAAGAACACUUUACAAAGUGUAUGGAAUUCAUUUAGACAUCAUGGUAUUUGGAUCGGCAAGAAAAUUUAGUAUUAUUCCUACGAUUGUCAACAUAGCCUCUGCUCUGACUUUAAUUACUGCUGCUUCUUACGUCUGUGACAUUAUGCUACUGUACAUGAUGAAGAAGAGGAGCACUCACACAGAGUUGAAGCUUGAGAGAAUGACAACGAAUGACAGAGAAAUUCCAGUGGGUCUGAAGAGAAAAUUCAGUUUAUGAUACAAUAAUAGUAAUGGGAAAAGCUCCAUAUACAUCAGCAAAAAUAUAAGAUGAAGUUUAGUAAACGUUGUUUUUCAUUGCCUCUGUGGAAAUAUCUCAAUGCUAAGGUUGCUCCAUGAGAUACGAUCCUGCCAUGUAUUGCAAAUGAGGGAAUUGCUGGUUCUUAACCGCUAGUUUUAGAGGAAUGCUUAGUCUGUCAGCAUGGACUUCAGACAGAAAUGACUCAAUACAUGUAUUGCAUUAACUUCAGAAGGUCAAAUAUAUAAUUAAGUCAAUUAUAUUAGCAU